ACACACACUCUCUCUUUCCUCUCCUUCUCUUCCUCUGCUUGUAGCUUCAGACAUUUGGAGAAUCCUGAAACAAGUUGUUCCUCCAAAGACUUCUUGCCGGUAUCUGUAAGCAUUCUCUGAUUGAACAGAGGAAGAGGCUGUUGCACGUGUUUGAUCAUUCACUUUACUGUACGUUUUUUGUUGCGGACACCGACUGCUGUGCUGGUUGGACACAGUGAAACCGAGAGACUUCCUUAGCGACUGGUCCUUGGUUAUGGACACAGAGGCACUGUAAAGCCCUACACACUGGAUGUAUGCUCGACUUGCUGAUGGAAGUUGUGCAGCAGGACUGAUCGUAGAGUCAGACCAAAGGGACAGUUACUGCUGGGGAGUGGCAGAAUCCUUGCUGUCAUCUCCCGCGGGCCCCACCCACAUGGACCUGCGUGUAGGUGAGCGUCUGGUGCGUCCGGGUUCGGACACGGCCUUCCUGUCCCCUCUCCACCCCCCUCUGCUGCUCAGUCCCUUCAAUCCGCAGCACUGUUCCCAGUACAGUCAUUCACAGCUUCAGCAUAUACAGCAGCUUAACAUGGAGCAGCGUCUAAGAGACCAGGAGCAAGCCAAACAACAGCUACAGCAACUCAAGCACAAGGACAAGAGCCAACAGAGUGCGGUAGCCAGUGCGGUGGUGAAGAAGAAGUUGGCGGAGGUGAUUCUGAAUAAACAGAAGGCGGUCCUGGAAAGGACCAACUCCAACCCUCUUAGCAGCCCAUCAGUCGCCUACCGGGAGUUGGUUCCAGAUCCCAGCGCUUCUCUACAGCCUCUCCUGUCCUCUCCAAAAUCAUCUCUCAGUGAAGGACCCGACGAGCCCCCGCUGAGACGAGCAGCGUCGGAGCCCAACCUGAAGGUGAAACAUAGAUUAAAGAAGCACCUAAACACUCGUAAGAGCCCGCUGACUCGCAAAGAGAGCGCCCCGCCCACCUUCAAGCACCGAGUACCUGAUACGAUGGAUUCGUCCCCCAGUAGCAGUAGUACACCAGUAUCUGGCUGUAGCUCUCCAAACGACAGUCUGCCCACUGAAAAUGGAGUGCUGCCCCCUAAUGCCAGUCUAUCCCAUGAGGCUCAGAGGUUGCUGUUACAGGAUGGGUCUUUAGCGCACUUCACAGUGCAAAAUCCGUCGAGUCUCCCGACCAUCACUCUAGGACUCCCCGCCAAUGCCAAGCUAGAGAGCGACCUGGGUUCACUGAAGCUGGGUCGAGUGCCGGUGGUUCCUGGUGGUUCUCCAGUGUUGGUUCCUAUGAGUGUGGAAGAGCAGACAGCGUCACUCAUGCAGCCCGUCCUCAUCCUGGAGCCCUCUGGACUCGUACAUACCCCCCUAAUGUCUGUUCCAGGUUUGGGUUCGGUUCCUCUGCAGUUCAGUGCAUCUGGUCCUCAUAAACCUCUGAGCCGCACGCGUUCAGAACCGCUGCCUCAGAGUCAACGAGCCCUUCACUCUCACCUGCUUCAGCAGCAUCACAAUACACAAUUGCUGGAGAGACUCAAACAACAAACUCACCUGGGCAAGCUCAUGUCGAAGUCCAGCGAGAAGCCACGUCUGAGGCAGAUCCCCUCAGAGGAAAUGGACUCAGAGGAGGUGGGGUCAUCAGCCGGCGAAGCCCACCAGGGUAGGGCGAGGGCGGAGUCACAGAGAGAGCUGGAGAAUCUAGAAGAUCAGAUCAACCUGCAACAUGCCCUCAUUCUCAACCAGUCACGUCUGUGGGAAACGCAAAAGCAAUUGCAGCAAAUGCGCAGACAGACAGCCCACAUGGAGACAUUGACUGUACCCAUGAUGCUCGGCUGCACGCACCUGCCACUCUCUCGCACGCAGUCGUCACCAGCCUCCACCUCACUAACACUGCCGGACAAACCCCUGCCUCUCACCACGGCAACAGAACCGCCACAGAGCCAACCCCGCUUCACCACAGGGUUGGUGUAUGACUCUCAAAUGCUGAAGCACCAGUGUACAUGUGGAGACAACAGUAGUCACCCAGAGCAUGCAGGGAGGAUCCAGAGCAUAUGGUCACGCUUGCAGGAGCGAGGCCUCCGGGGCCAGUGUGAGAGUAUUCGUGGUAGGAAAGCCACCCUAGAGGAGCUUCAAUCUGUCCACACGGAGCGACACGUUCUGCUGUACGGCACCAACCCACUGAACCGCCUCAAACUGGACAAUCGCAAACUGGCCGGCAUACUGUCACAGCGGAUGUUUAUCAUGCUGCCUUGUGGGGGAGUCGGGGUUGAUAACGACACCAUCUGGAAUGAGAUGCACACCUCUACAGCUUCUCGCAUGGCGGCUGGGAGCGUGACAGAGUUGGCAUUCAGAGUGGCUAAAGGAGAGCUCAAGAAUGGCUUUGCUGUGGUAAGGCCACCAGGACAUCAUGCGGACCAAUCAAACCCCAUGGGUUUCUGUUUCUUUAACUCUGUGGCAAUUGCUGCUAAACAGCUCCAGCAGAAGCUCAGUGCCAGUAAAAUCCUCAUUGUUGAUUGGGAUGUUCACCAUGGCAACGGCACCCAGGAUAUAUUCUACAGUGACCCCAGCGUUCUCUAUGUCUCUCUUCAUCGCUAUGACAAUGGCAACUUCUUCCCUGGUAGUGGAGGACCAUCAGAGGUGGGUUCUGGUGGUGGAGAGGGCUUUAAUGUAAAUGUGGCAUGGACUGGUGGACUGGAGCCUCCCAUGGGCGAUGCUGAGUACCUGGCUGCUUUCAGGACGGUGGUGAUGCCCAUUGCUCAAGAAUUCUCCCCAGAUGUUGUGUUAGUCUCCUCUGGGUUUGAUGCCGCAGAAGGACAUCCUGCUCCCUUAGGAGGAUACAAAGUCACUGCUAAAUGUUUCGGGUUUUUGACUCGGCAGUUGAUGACGUUAGCAGGAGGACGCGUGGUUCUAGCAUUAGAGGGAGGUCAUGACCUCACAGCCAUAUGUGAUGCUUCCGAGGCCUGUGUCAGUGCUCUUCUGGGGCAGGAGGAGCCUCUUCCUGAGUCCACUCUACUGCAGACGCCCAAUGUCAAUGGAGUUAUUUCACUUCAAAGAGUUAUACAGAUACAGAGUCAGUAUUGGUCGUCAUUGAAGCCAUUGAUGAGCACAGUUGGCAUGUCAUUUCUGGGUGCCCAGAGGAAAGACUGUGAGGAGACAGACACGGUGAAUGCGAUGGCGUCCCUCUCUGUGGAAGUGCUGACCAGUAAAAGCCUUGCUGAUGAACCUAUGGAGCAUGAAGAAGACUCCCUCUAAACCAGGUCUGAUAAACUGUCCAGUACCUCAUGGCACUCCAUGUCAUCUGAGUAAGCUGUGCCUUAAGACCAGCAGUGCCUCUGGGGGGUGUGGUUCCUCAUUAUGGCCCCUCCCCCAAGAUGCCACUUCAACACUGAACACCAGUGCAACACGGCUAAGCUAACAACCUGCAUCAAUUCUGCUGGGGCUCUGGGACACACAACAUUCACCUACCACAUAGACAAGUACACUAGAAAGCAAGCUUUGUUGCACUAGUGUGUUUAUAACGUUCACUAAAAGAAUGCGCUGAAGAAUUCCAGAAUUCCUCACAAUUCUCACCUCUGGUGCAUUAAAAGAUAUUACUUAUUGUAGCUGGAGAUGCAUGAGAUGAACAUUUUUCAAAGGCAGCCCACUUUACUACCCCUGACCAGCGAACUAUUGAUGUACUGAGCGAAAAUGAGGGGUUUCCUUGCACCUGGUAACCACAAAGUGGCUCCACUCUAUGAUGUCAUUACUAUUAACCAAUUUCAACCACUAAAGAAGAAGGAAACGUUCUGAUCUCUGUGGGUUUUAGAAAUCUUAAUUUGUUUUGCACUGUGCAUUCCAUAAUGUGAACCGUGAAUUGUUUUUCCAAACUUCUGGGAAAAGAACAAUCUAAAUAUGUAUCUACUUUUACACUUAACAUUCUUUUCUAUUUUUUUGUUCUUUUCAAGUUGCAUUCUACCUGCAUUCCUAGCAUGAAGGCCAUAAACUUGAAUAAUUUGAGAUAUUCAUAUUUGUACUGAUUUUGUGUAUCUGAUAUUGUGUUAUGACUCAUAGUUUUUAAGGCCAGAGGGAGAAACCAGCUAUUAGCAAGAUUAUUGCACACAUCCGCCCCAAAACACAUACACAUUUACACCCACAUCACCAUGUAUGUUUGGAUAUGUAAUCCUUAUAGAUGAAACCGUUUCUGUACAAAGAUGUUGCUACAUCCUUAUGACCACUGUACAUUUAUUGUUAUUAUGGACACAGGAAAUGCUGACACUUUCCCAAGACUAACAAUAACAUGAAGUUGAUCAGUCUCUUUUGUUAGACCAAACUAAUUUGUGUGUGUAUCUAUCAAUCAUAGCAUUUGUCCAUUCUGUAUUCACAAUCAAACCUCAAUUGACCACUGCAAAAUCACAAAAUGACAAUUGAAAGGGCGAUGGAAGCCACUCAAAUGGCACAAAGCAGUCCUUGGAAUUAGGGAUAAAUUCCUUUAUAUUUAAAGGAAUACGUGUAUUUUUCAAUGAUUUUGGUUGUUGUUGGAAGGGAAAUUACCAGCCUUUAAACCUGUGGAGAAGACAUGUCUCAAGUUGGUGCACAUUUCAUGAUUUCUUUUAAUUGCUCUGCACUUAGAAAUUUCGGAAGGUUUUUUUUAUCCUUUCACUUUUCACAAGGGUUGCAUUGUUUUUGGAUAGUGUUCUUUUUCCACAGACUGCAAUUAGAUCACUAAUUCAUACUAGUUCAUACAUGUUAAAUAUGUCUCUCAGUCACUGGGAUUCACAUUUUUGUCAUCUUCAAUGAACAGAAAUUAAUAUCAUACCAACGGUUUACCAAAGCAGAUGGACCUCUUUAAACUGUGUCACUGUUCACCAUAUCCUGUGCCUCAACCCCUUUCAACGUCAGCAUAUUCGGUUUGUCAAACCAUAUAACUUGUAAUAGUUGUUUAGUGUGACCACACAUUUGCCAGCUGUUCUAAUAGCAUAAUAUUGACAGGCCAAAUAGUUGAAAAUGCUGUACCAGUAUCUCGGCGACAUUACGUUCAACCAACAGCACAGUUCCUGGUACUCACUUGACUUUUGUGUUGUGCAACGUUGUUGAUGAACUUAUAGACAGAAUCAGUUGUGAGGCACACUUCCACAUCGAUCUUACUACGUUUACGCCUCUCAUCCACACUGGAACAGAGUUUUCCUCCACUGAAAAUGAUAAUGCACUCCAAUACGGCAUACUUUGGAAAACAAUAACGUUUGGAAACUGAAAACGUCUGUCACAAAGUUUUCAAAGGAAAACGGAUUAGCGUAGAUGUGGCCAGAGAGUCCGUUAUCAUCAGGCCCAGACUUUUUACGUUUUCUGUGCUUUUUCCGGGGUCUAAAUCAUUGCCAUUCUGCUGAAUCAAUUUAAACAUGGUAAAAUGUGUUAAACUGAGUGGAAAGUACUGUAAGUGGUACUUAAUAAACGAACAUGCAAGAGGUGGCUGGAGAACGUAAUAUGUAAAUGAUGCUCGUUCCAGUUCAGCGGCCGCUGAUUCUAUUUUUGCUUUGGUUAUCAUUGUGCAGAUUUGUUACCAUUUUUACACUUGACUGUUCUAAACGUUUUGAGUUGUUAUUACUCUGUACAACCCUAUACCUCUGUUUUAACAUCCAAAUGCACCAGUGGUGGCUAGUUAUGUUAUCUUGCGUCCACUACAAGAAACAACCAUGACCUGACAAAUUGCUGUUAUAUCUUGAAUACAUUUUGAGGCAUUCCUUCUCGGAUUAUAUACAGAUUUAUUGCUAGGGUUGCAUUUAGCCUUUUCCCUAAGGCCAGAAACAAACUUUACGCAAGUACGCAAAUGCAGACAUGAACGUUUGUCCUUCUUAACGUGCAUUCUUGCGUUGCUGUGGCAGUAACCAACCCAAUUCAAUCUCAUGAGAAGUCAUAAUAACAGUAUGCGAUGGCAAAAUCAUAAGAAACGAAUACGAAAUUCACUCAACGUACAACUUAUACUCCCACAAAGAAAGGUAAAUGAACAAUGUUAUUGAGAUUUUUCCGAAGUUUAACCCCUAAACCAAACCUAACCAUAAAGACUAAGCCCUUACCCAAACCCUUAACCUAACUACUAUUUUUAUAGGAAAAUCGGUGUUUUGUAUGACAGAACAAAAUAGAUAUUUGGCAUAGGUAUUUUAUAUUUGAAGUCAUAGAGGCAUAGAUAUUUGAAGUUAAAUCUAUCGCCCCCUUGAGUACUGAGGUUGGUCAACAUGGUCUCAUGACAACUCAUAAUAAUUCAUGCGAGUUGGCGAAAUUGUAAGAUAUCGUACAACUUGGCUUGAAUGAACAUGUAAGACUUUUAGACCAACCAAUAUUAUAUUCAUCCAUAUAAUAUUGGUUGGUCUAAAAGUCUUACAUUUUCAUUCAAGCCAAGUGCCACCAAACUUUAGCUAUAUGUCAACAAUUCAACUAACAUUAACAAACUUGUUUAGCUUCAGAUUAUUUUUAAAAUGCUGCUCAACCAUGACAGUAGUUGACAUAGAAGAAGACACUUUAAGCUAAUGCCUGCCGGUAAUACUGAGAAUGUAAUGCAUAUUUGUGUUGCUUUGUGAAUUGCAUUCUGACACAUUGUGUAGCUAGAUAUGUUUACAUUCACGUACUUGCGCAGAGUAUGUUUCUGAUCUAAAACUGCAUUCCUACUAAAACCAAUAUGAUAAGUGAUCAGCAUUGUACCUGCCUUUGCAGACCAAUAAGUGUUGAUUUCUACCCUUUCAUGCCUUGUACCAAACCACUGUGGAUAGUUAUACGUUUGCAUGAUUCUUUGUAUAUAGUACCACCAUCCCAUUUUUCAUCAUUGUCAGUGUUUUGUGUUCUUAUGGGUGAGGUUUUCAUGAAGACCCUGGGCAGUCUUUGCCCACCAGACCCCCAUGAAGACUUGUAAAAUAGAACAAAUGCGAACAUUCGCUCAUCGUUAAUAUAGUCAUUGUUUAUCUCUUUGAACUAGCAGCAAUCUUGCUGUGUAUUUAUUGUACUUCAAACAGUACAUUUGCUCUGCAAAUUUUUUGAAUUAAUCAAAAUUAUACUUACCAACUUGGUUACCAACAGAAUUUGACAGCACUUCACCUGGCAGUUUGGACUGUGAAUAUGAACAGAUCUUGAUAUAUCAUAUAUAAAGUUAUAUUUUAAUGGUGUAUUUUUAAAAAUAGCUUUGUGCAUUUGUACUGUUUUGAUAUACCUCUCAAAGCGCUUGUAUUCUCUUGUCUCUCCGAAUGCUUUAUGAAUUGAAAUGGAGAGUGUGUGCUGUUGUUUGUCACCACUCUUGUAAAAGUGUGUUGACUGCAUGGUCACUGUACCAGCAAUGUCUUAAAGCCUUUGUCGUUUAUUCUUCUUCAAACUUUGCCCUUUUUUUUUUUUUUUUUGACAAUGUAAAUAGUUAUGACCAAAAACUUCACCUUUGUGCCUUGAAAUAUUUCAUCUGUCUACCCCAGUAACUGUGUUUUGUGUAACAAAGUAUAACAGAAAUUGUUUCGAAUCUUCAUGUAAUUAACAAUUCCCUUAUUUCUAAUUUCUUUCAUUUCUCUGUGUA